CCGCGCAGGCGCCCGGGGCGCGUUCACCUGCUGCCGUUGUCGCCGCCGCCGCCGCCGCUGACGGGGCUGGAUGGGGGGCCGAGGCCAGCCAGGGGCACCCAGAAAGAAGAGACGCGGCGGCGGCGACGCCGACACCCGCACGACGAGCGCCCCGAGGUGCCCGCCAGCUCCACAGGAAGGCGGCGAGGCCCGGGCCCGGCCGCUCCGCGGGUAGAGACGCCGCCGGCCCCUCGCCGCGCCAUGUUCAAGAAGCUGAAGCAGAAGAUCAGCGAGGAGCAGCAGCAGCUGCAGCAGGCGUUAGCCCCUGCUCAGGCUUCCUCCAGCUCUUCAGUACCAACAAGGACUAGAAGCAGGACCUCUUCAUUUACAGACCAGCCUGAUGACGUGACACCCAACAGAGAGCUACUAGCCGGGAUGGUAGCAGAGCCUGCCUUUCUCUCUGAAUACACUAUCUUUGCUUUGGAUUCCUCCAAACAGCCCAAAACACAGACUGGCAGUGUGAAUGCAUCAACUCAAGCAACAAAGUCUCCAGAUGGUGUCAGUAAAGAGGAGUCAUCCCCUUCUCAGUCGGGUGACACACAGACUUUUGCGCAGAAGCUCCAGCUCCGAGUACCUUCCAUGGAGUCUCUGUUUCGAAGUCCCAUAAAGGAAUCCCUGUUUCGGUCUUCUAAAGAGUCUUUGGUCCGGACAUCUUCCAGAGAGUCCCUGAACCAACUUGACCUGGACUGUUCUGCUACCACCUUUGAUCCCCCUUCUGAUAUGGAGAGCGAGGCUGAAGACACACCAUGGAACUCAGAUAGCCUCAGCAGAGAGCAGCUGCUUCAGCGGCUGCGCAGAAUGGAACGAAGCCUAAGUAGCUACAGAGGGAAGUACUCCGAGCUCGUCACAGCGUUUCAGACUCUUCAGAGAGAGAAGAAAAAGCUUCAAGGUAUAUUGAGUCAGAGUCAAGAUAAAUCACUUCGGAGAAUUUCAGAAUUAAGAGAGGAGCUGCAAAUGGACCAGCAAGCAAAGAAACAUCUUCAGGACGAGUUUGAUGCAUGUUUGGAGGAGAAAGAUCAGUAUAUCAGUGUUCUCCAGACUCAGGUUUCUCUUCUAAAGCAGCGAUUACAGAAUGGCCCAAUGAAUGUUGAUGCUACCAAACCCCUCCCUCCGGGGGAGCUCCAGGCAGAAGUGCACGGUGACACGGAGAGGAUGGAGGAGAAGAUGGAGGGCGUCGGGGAGCCAGUGGGAGGUGGGACUUCCGCUAAAACCCUGGAAAUGCUCCAGCAAAGAGUGAAACGUCAGGAGAAUCUGCUUCAGCGCUGUAAGGAGACAAUUGGGUCCCACAAGGAGCAGUGUGCACUGCUGCUGAGCGAGAAGGAGGCACUGCAGGAACAGUUGGAUGAAAGGCUGCAGGAGCUGGAAAAGAUGAAGGAGCUUCAUAUGGCUGAGAAGACUAAACUAAUCACUCAGUUGCGUGAUGCAAAGAACUUAAUUGAACAGCUUGAACAAGAUAAGGGGAUGGUAAUAACAGAGACGAAGCGGCAAAUGCUUGAGACCCUGGAACUGAAAGAAGAUGAAAUCGCUCAGCUUCGUAGUCAUAUCAAACAGAUGACUACCCAGGGAGAGGAACUGCGGGAACAGAAAGAAAAGUCUGAAAGAGCUGCUUUUGAGGAACUUGAAAAAGCCUUGAGUACAGCCCAAAAAACUGAAGAUGCACAGAGAAGAAUGAAGGUGGAGAUGGAUGAACAGAUGAAGGCUGUUGAGAGAGCGAGCGAGGAGGAGCGCCUCCGCCUUCAGCAUGAGCUGAGUCGGGUGAGGCAGGAGGCUGCCAGCAUGGUAAAGAAGAACUCAGAAGAACAAGUUGCUGCACUUCAGAAGCUGCAUGCAGAGGAGCUCGCCAGCAAAGAGCAGGAGCUGAGCAGGAGGCUUGAGGCCCGGGAAAGGGAGCUGCAGGAACAGAUGAGAAUAGCUCUCGAAAAGAGUCGAUCAGAAUAUUUGAAGCUCACCCAAGAAAAAGAGCAGCAAGAAUCCUUGGCUUUAGAAGAGUUAGAGCUGCAGAAAAAAGCCAUCCUUACAGAGAGUGAAAAUAAACUCCAGGAACUUGGGCAAGAAGCAGAGGCUUACCGAACCAGAAUUCUUGAAUUGGAAACCUCUUUGGAAAAAAGUUUACAAGAAAGCAAAACACAGUCAGAGCAUCUGGCUGUUCAUCUGGAAGCUGAGAAGAAUAAGCACAAUAAAGAACUCACAGCCCUGGCUGAGCAGCACAGGACAGAAGUGGAGGGCCUCCAGCAGCAGCAGGACAGCCUGUGGACUGAGAGACUCCAAAGCCUCUCUCAGCAGCAUCAGGCUGCUAUGGAGGAGCUCAGAGAGAAGUAUCAGCAAGAGAAAGAUGCCCUACUGAAGGAGAAGGAGAGUCUCUUCCAGGCCCACAUACAAGACAUGAAUGAAAAGACCUUGGAGAAGCUUGACAAGAAGCAAAUGGAACUGGAAGCUGUCUCUUCUGAGCUGUCAGAAGCACUGAGAGCUCGGGACCAGCUUGCAGAGGAGCUUUCUGUCCUAAGGGGUGAUGCAGAUAAAAUGAAGCAGGCUUUAGAGGCCGAGCUGGAGGAGCAGCGGCAGGCCUUCGCCAAGCUGGAUCUCCUGCACUCUGAGCAGAGCACCGCACGCGAGCAGGCAGGCGCGUAUGAGGAGCAGCUGACCCAAAUGCAGCAAAAGGUGUUAGACCUGGAAACAGAGAAGAGCCUUCUUACCAAGCAGGUAGUGGAGAUGGAAACACACAAAAAGCAUGUGUGUGUGGAAUUAGACGCUCAGAGAGCUCAAGUGCAGCAGCUGGAGAGACAGAGGAGUGAGCUGGAGGAGAAGGUCAGGUCGCUAGCCCAGCUCCAGGACUCACAGCUCAAGAACAGUACCGUGGAGAAGGAGCAGGCUCGGCAAAGCCUGAUGGAAAAGGAAAACGUCAUUUUACAGAUGCGAGAGGAGCAGGCCAAGGAAAUCGAGAUCCUCAAACAGAAAUUGUCUUCUAAAGAAGAGAGCAUUAGUAUUUUGCGUGAGGAAUAUGAAACCAAAUUUAAAAGUCAGGAAAAAAGAAUGGAAAAAAUUAAGCAGAAAGUAAAAGAAAUGCAAGAAACAAAGAAAAAGUUGUUGGAUCAGGAAGCCAAACUUAAAAAAGAGCUUGAAAAUACUGUCCUAGAGCUUAGUCAGAAAGAGAAGCAGUUCAAUGCGCAGAUCCUGGAAAUGGCACAGGCUAACUCAGCUGGAAUUAGCGACACGGUGUCGAGACUGGAGGAGAACCAGAGGCAGCAGAUAGAAAGCCUGACCGGGGCUCAUCAGCGAAAACUUGAUGAUGUCAUAGAGGCCUGGGAAAAGAAACUGAGUCAGCAAGCUGCAGAGCUCCGGGACAAGCAUGCAGAGCAGAUGGAGGAGAAGGAGCAGGGGCUGGGAGAGCUGAGGCGGAAGGUCCGCGUAGUCCAGUCUGAAAAAGAGGAGCUGACUAAGGAGGUGGCGCGACUGAAAGAGGCGGUCAGCGGGCAGGACGUGGCACUAGCCGGCCUGCAGGGACAACUGGAGCAGAAGUCUGCUGUCACCGUUGCCCUUUCAGAGCGUGAAUCUCAGCUGCAGUCACAAGUGGAAAAGCUGGAAGCUGAUUUGGGUUGUUCUCUGAGUGAAAAGCUUUCCCUUCAAGAAGAGCUGGCUGAGCUGAAACUGCUGGCAGACAAGAAUCAGCUGAGGGUCUCCGAGCUGACGGGCCAGGUGCAGGCUGCGGAGAAGGAGCUCCAGAGCUGUAAGUCUCUGCAUGAGAUCAGCAAGAAGAGCCUGGAGGACAAGAGCUUGAACCUCAAAAACUUGCUUGAGGAGCUAGCAUCUCAGCUAGACAGUCGCUGUGAGAGAACUAAAGCUCUGUUAGAAGCCAAGACGAACGAACUAGUGUGCACCAGCCGUGACAAAGCCGACGCUAUUCUCGCUAGGCUGUCCCAAUGCCAGCGCCACACAGCCACAGUUGGGGAGGCGCUGCUCAGGAGAAUGGGCCAGGUUUCUGAGUUAGAAGCACAACUUACCCAGCUGACAGAGGAGCAGCGCACACUAAAGAGCUCUUUUCAGCAGGUUACCAGUCAGCUGGAAGAGAGAGAGAAGCAGAUUAAGACCAUGAAGGCUGACAUUGAAGGUCUUCUCACAGAAAAAGAAGCCUUACAGAAAGAAGGCGGUCAGCAGCAGCAGGCGGCCUCUGAGAAGGAGUCCUGCAUCACACAGCUGAAGAAGGAGUUAGCGGAAAACAUCAAUGCCGUCACACUACUGAGAGAAGAACUGUCGGAGAAGAAGUCUGAGAUCGCCAGUCUUAGCAAGCAGUUAAGUGAUCUCCGUGCUCAGCUGCAGAACAGCAUCAGCCUGAGUGACAAGGCCGAAGCCAUCUCUGCCCUGAGCAAGCAGCAUGAGGAACAAGAGCUGCAGCUGCAAGCUCAGCUUCAGGAGCUGUCUCUGAAAGUCGAUGCUCUGAGUAAAGAGAAAAUGUCUGCCCUUGAGCAGGUGGAUCAUUGGUCCAACAAGUUCUCAGAGUGGAAGAAAAAAGCACAGUCCAGACUUGCCCAGCACCAAAGCACUAUUAAAGACUUGCAGGCACAGCUAGACGGAAAAGCCACGGACGCUCGUGAGAAGGAGGAGCAGAUAUGUUUACUGAAGGAAGAACUUGAUCGGCAGAAUAAAAAGUUUGAAUGUUUAAAAGGUGAGAUGGAAGACAGGAAGAGCAAAAUGGAGAAAAAGGAGUGUGACUUAGAGACUGCGUUAAAGACUCAGACAGCAAGGGUCGUUGAAUUAGAAGACUGCAUUACUCAGAGGAAAAAAGAAGUUGAGUCCCUAAAUGAAACACUUAAGAAUUACACCCAGCAGAGGGACACUGAGCACAGUGGGCUGGUUCAGAGACUUCAGCACUUGGAAGAGUUGGGAGAAGAGAAAGACAACAAGGUUCGGGAGGCUGAAGAGACGAUCCUGAGACUACGAGAGCAUGUGUCCUCGCUGGAAGCUGAACUUGGAGCUGUGAAGAAGGAACUAGAACAUGUAAAUUCAAUUGUGAAAAGCAGAGAUGGGGAGUUGAAAGCUUUAGAAGACAAACUUGAGUUAGAAAGUGCUGCAAAAGUGGAGCUGAAGAGGAAGGCCGAGCAGAAGAUCGCUGCCAUCAGGAAGCAGCUCUUGUCUCAGAUGGAAGAGAAAACACAGCAGUAUGCGAAGGACACAGAGAGCCGACUGAGUGAGCUGAGUGCACAAUUACAAGAAAGAGAAAAGCAAGUUCACAGCCUAGAAGACAAACUUAAAAACCUGGAGAGUUCUCCACACCCAGAAGUGCCAGCAGUGUCCAGAUCUAUGCAAAGUGUGGCAGUGUCUCCUGAGCAAGAGGCUCCAGAUUCCCAGGACUGCACACAGAAGGCGUGUAAAGAAAGACUCUGCAUGCUGCAAAGACGUUUAAGUGAAAAAGAGAAGAUGCUGUGUAGGCUGGAGCAGGGCGAAGGCGAGGCGAGGCCAUCGCAGCCUGAGGCUCAGCACAGGGAGCUCUCUGGAAAGUUAGACUGUACCAGAGCCAGGCAGCUUGAAGAUCACGUUUUGAUAGGAUGUCUUCCAGAAGAACUCGAAGAAAAGAUGAAGUGUUCCUUAAUUGUGUCCCAGCCCAUGGGAGAAGAAACUGGUAACAACACAGGGGUGAAGCAGAAUUGGGCAAGCGUGGUUGACAGUGUCCAGAAAACCCUCCAGGAAAAGGAGCUCACCUGCCAGGCCCUGGGGCAAAGGGUGAAAGAACUGGAGUCGGACUUAGUAAGAGAGAGGGGCGCCCAUAGACUUGAAGUGGAAAACUUGACCUUAAAAUAUGAAAAAUUGCAAUCUUUACAGCAAGAAAUGGAUGGGGAAAAUAAAUCUGUAGAAAUGUUGGAAGACAGGCCUGAGGAAAAUUCCAAAUCACAUGUGAUCCAGUCAAACUUGGGGACUACCAUGGAUGGCCCGCACAGUGACCUGGAGUCCAAGUUAACAGGGGCAGAGCGGGAAAAGCAGAAGCUGAGCAAGGAGGUGGCGAGGCUGCAGAAGGACCUGCGAGCUCUGCGGAGGGAGCACCAGCAGGAGCUGGACAUCCUGAAGAGGGAGUGUGAGCAGGAGGCCGAGGAAAAGCUCAAACAGGAGCAAGAGGAUCUUGAGUUGAAGCACACGUCCACACUGAAGCAGCUGAUGCGGGAGUUUAACACACAGCUGGCACAGCGGGAGCAGGAGCUGGAAAGAACUGUCCAGGAGACCAUUGAUAAGGCCCAAGAGGUGGAAGCCGAACUUCUGGAAAGCCACCAAGAAGAGACACGGCAGUUGCAUAGAAAGAUCGCGGAGAGAGAGGAUGAUCUGAGAAGGACAGCCAGGAGAUACGAGGAGAUACUUGAUGCCCGUGAAGAAGAAAUGACUGGCAAAGUGACGGACCUGCAGACCCAGCUCGAGGAGCUCCAGAAGAAAUACCAGCAGAGGCUGGAGCAGGAGAGCACCAAGGACAGUGUAACAAUUUUGGAGCUACAGACACAACUCGCGCAGAAGACCACUCUGAUCAGCGACUCCAAGCUGACGGAGCAGGAGUUGCGAGAACAGGUCCAUAAUUUAGAAGACCGUUUGAAAAGAUAUGAAAAGAAUGUAUGUGCAGCAACUGUGGGGACACCUUACAAAGGUGGCAAUUUGUACCACACUGAGGUCUCACUCUUCGGAGAACCUACGGAGUUUGAGUAUUUGCGAAAAGUGCUGUUUGAAUACAUGAUGGGUCGCGAGACUAAGACCAUGGCCAAAGUUAUAACCACUGUCCUGAAAUUCCCUGAUGAUCAGGCUCAGAAAAUUUUGGAGAGAGAAGAUGCUCGUCUGAUGUUCACCUCAGCUCGCAGUGGCAUCUUCUGAUACCCGUCAGUCAGGCUGUGCUUAGUAAGCAUGUGUCAUGGCUCCGAACCUCAUCUUGAAGAAAUGGAGAGAGAGAGGCUGAGCAGCUGCUGCCUGGGAAGCUGUCCACCUGUUGGGUUUUUAGAGAAUGGCACUGUCAUUACAGACCAUUGGUGUAGCUUCAAGGCAGAUGCUACUCUGGCCUCAGAUACAUUGCUGUGGAAGCAGGCGCUCUUGGUGGGGAGAUGGUGGCGGGUUUGUCCUUUUUUAUUCAGUUUUUUCUUGGGAAGUUUUCUGUGGUUUAAAGGCUGUUCUGACUGGCCCCACCUGGCUUGGCUCUUCAGUGUCUUUUUCUUGUGUUCUCCCUCCCUUUAAAGAACUGUCCAUCUUCCUUAUUUAUUUUAGGGUGGUUUCUUUUUCUUCCUAAAGACUUGUGCAAUACAUUUUGAGGUGAAACUUAGUGAAUUUUUUCUGAUAAAUUAGAGAUUUUAAUUGACUGUUUCACAGAAUGAUUUUUUGAAUAUUUGCUAAAGCCUAAUUCUUUAUGCUAUGAUAAGUCCCAAAUGGCAGUACCUCAUGUUUACCUAGCUUUUGGACUUAUAUUAUUUUUCAGAGGAAAAAAAUACUACUGUAAAUUGUAAAUAGUAUAUAAUCCUAUUGUCUGCAGCUCUGUGACUGUUGGCCAUGUCAUCUCAGAGGAUCAGAUAAAUAAAGUUUAUUUCCUAUAUAAUA